CCAUAUGUGUUGCAGAUUGCAGAUCUGUGUGGCAAGUGGAGCCGUGCAGUGGUGGGCAGCGAGGAACGUUUACUUGUGAAUACAGCAAUACAGGGACAAUGGGCAAAAAACAGAAGAAUAAGGGCGAAGACAGUGCCAAAGAUGACAUUGACAUUGACGCCCUGGCUGCUGAAAUAGAAGGGACAGGCACGGCCAAGGAGCAGGACUCCUCCAAAUCUAAAGGCAAAAAGAAAAAAAACAAAAGGAACCAAGACUUUGAUGAGGACGCCAUUCUUAAGGAGCUAGAAGAACUCAAUUUAGAAAGCCAAAGUGCAAACACUGAUAAAGACCAAGUAACUGGCAAGAAACCUGAAAAUAAAGAAGAAGCUGAGCCUGUCCCUGUCAGAGCUGAUAAGAGGAAAACAAGGAAAGGCAAGAAAGCAAGCUUUGAAGAAGACGAGGAAGAGGAGCAGGGGGAUGGUGACCAUGAAAAUGGUAAGAAAAACAAGACUGCCAAACAGCCACCAGUGGCAGCUGCUGCUGCUUCUGCUUCUACCGCUACUGAAGAUCCUUCUGAGGAGGAAGGUGACCGCAAGGCUAUAAAGAAAGGCAAAGGAGGGAAGAAGGCAGCCAGGAAACCGCGCUCUGAAGAGGAUGAGGAGGAGGAAGAAGUAGAUCGCAGUGUGAAAGGGGGAGCAUGGCAAGGUACUGGUGGAGGGAUUGGCAGUGACUGUCUGGGGGACAGCGGAGAGGAAUCAGACGACUUCUCCCAGAGAGGGAAGGCACAACAGAAGAAACAGAAAGCCCAGGCUGGUGGCAGUGCAGCUGUUAAGGCAGACAGCGGUGGCGAGGAAGACGAAGGUUCCUUCAAGAUGAAGACUGCAGCACAGAAGAAAGCAGAGAAGAAGGAACGCGAUCGCAAGAAGAAGGAGGAGGAGAAGAGCAAGCAGAAGAAGCAGAAGGAAAAGGAGAAAGGGAAAGAGAAAGAAGUGGGUGUGGAGGCACCCAAUAAAGCUGAGACAGAGGGAGCAGCCAGAGUUGAGCCCAAAAAGCUAGAGACGACAGCUUCUGUGGAUAAGGAGGGAGGAGAGGAUGCUGCAGCAGGAGAAGCUGAUGAUAAUGAUGGGGACAAGAAGAAAAAGGAUAAAAAGAAAAAGAAAGGGGAGAAGGAGGAGAAGGUGAAAAAGAAAGGGCCAAGCAAGGCUACGGUGAUAGCCAUGCAGGAGGCCCUUGCUCGCAUGAAGGAGGAGGAAGAACAGGCGAAGCAAGAGGAGGAGGAGCACCUGCGGAGACUCGAGGAACUGGAAGCUCAGCGUCUGGAGCAGGAGCGGCUCGAACAAGAAAGGAAGGAAAAGAAGAAACAAAAAGAGAAGGAAAGGAAGGAGCGCUUAAAGAAGGAAGGGAAGCUGUUGACCAAAACUCAAAAGGAAGCCCGGGCCAGGGCGGAGGCCACACUCAAGCUCCUCCAAGCUCAAGGUGUUGAGGUGCCAUCCAAAGAUUCAGUGCCCAAAAAAAAGCCAAUUUAUGUAGACAAGAAGAAGAAGAAACCACAGCAACAGAUCCAAGAAGAACAAAUGGAAGUGAUGCCCCCAAUUGCAGAAACUAUAGCAAUAGAGACCACCGUGGAAGUGAAGCAAACAGAGCAAGUUAAAGAACAGAAGCCGGAUGCAGACCUGGAUGACUGGGAAGCCAUGGCUAGUGAUGAAGAAAAGGAAAAAGAAAAGCAGAAAGAGAUGAAGAAGGUCCACAUCGAGGUGAAGGAAAAAGCAGGAGAACACAAGGAGGAAGAGGAGAGUGAUGAAGAAGCAGAUGAUGAGGAAGAAGAUGAGGAAGAGAGUGAGGAGGAGGAGGAUGAGGAGGAGGAGGAGGAGGAAGAGAAGGCCUCUGACGCGCAGCAGCCACCGGCUGGAAAGAGUCUUCAGAAUAAAAGGCCCAGCAAAGACCUCAGCUCCGAGUCUGAAACGGAGAGUGACUCUGACGACGGGCGCACCAAAGAGGAGAGGCUUUAUGAUAAAGCCAAGAAACGAAUUGAGAAACGGCGUGCUGAACAUAUAAAAAAUAUCAAUACAGAGAAACUGCGAUCUCCAGUCAUUUGUGUACUUGGACACGUAGAUACAGGGAAAACAAAGAUUCUAGAUAAGCUGCGACACACAAAUGUGCAGGACGGUGAAGCAGGUGGUAUCACUCAGCAGAUUGGUGCCACCAACGUCCCUCUAGAGACUAUUAUUGACCAGAUAAAGAUGGUAAAAAAUUUUGAUGCAGAGAAUAUCAAGAUUCCCGGGAUGUUGAUCAUCGACACCCCAGGACACGAGUCUUUCAGUAAUUUGAGGAACAGAGGGAGUUCACUGUGUGACAUCGCUAUCCUGGUGGUGGACAUUAUGCACGGUCUGGAGCCUCAAACACUAGAGUCUAUAAACCUGUUAAAGGAGAAGAAAUGCCCCUUCAUAGUAGCACUUAAUAAGAUUGACAGGUUAUAUGACUGGAAGAAAAGCCCAGAAACUGAUUUGGUUACCACGUUGAAAAAACAAAAGAAAAAUACAAAGGAUGAAUUUGAUGAACGAGCCAAAGCAGUGAUUUUGGAGUUUGCCCAACAGGGUCUGAAUGCAGCUUUGUUCCAUGAAAAUAAAGACCCUCGCACCUUUGUGUCUCUCGUGCCCACAUCUGCACACACCGGGGAUGGAAUGGGCAACCUGAUUGCCCUCCUGGUAGAACUAACCCAGACCAUGCUGAGUAAGAGACUGGCGCACUGUGAUGAGCUGAGGGCUCAGGUUAUGGAGGUGAAGGCCCUCCCAGGCAUGGGAACCACGAUUGAUGUCAUCUUGAUCAAUGGCUCCCUGAGGGAAGGAGAAACCAUUAUUGUUCCUGGGGUGGAAGGGCCGAUCAUCACCCAGAUUAGAGGGCUGCUGCUGCCCCCACCACUUAAAGAACUCCGUGUCAAGAACCAGUAUGAGAAGCACAAAGAAGUGUGUACUGCCCAGGGGGUGAAGAUCCUGGGGAAGGACCUGGAAAAGACCCUUGCUGGAUUGCCUUUGUUGGUCGCUUACAAAGAGGACGAGAUCCCUGUACUGAGGGAUGAACUCAUCCGUGAACUGAAACAAACCUUAAAUUCUAUCAAACUGGAGGAGAAAGGAGUGUACGUGCAAGCUUCCACCCUGGGCUCCUUGGAAGCAUUGCUGGAAUUCCUGAGGACUUCAAAAGUGCCAUAUGCUGGAAUUAACAUUGGUCCUGUCCACAAGAAAGAUGUCAUGAAGGCAUCAACUAUGUUGGAGCAUGAUCUUCAGUAUGCAGUGAUUCUUGCUUUUGAUGUCAAGAUCGAGCGAGAUUCCCAGGAGCUGGCCGACUCUUUAGGUGUCCGGAUCUUCAGCGCAGAAAUUAUCUACCACUUAUUUGAUGCUUUUACAAAAUACAGGGAAGAUUAUAAGAAGCAGAAACAGGACGAAUUUAAGCACAUUGCCGUGUUCCCUUGUAAGAUUCGUAUUCUGCCUCAGUUCAUUUUUAACUCCCGAGAUCCCAUAGUGAUGGGGGUGAAUAUAGAAGCCGGGAUGCUUCGACAAGGAACUCUACUCUGUGUGCCAAGUAAAGGGUUUGUGGAAAUUGGAAUUGUUACAAGCAUUGAAAUCAAUCACAAAACGGUGGAUAGUGCGAAGAAAGGCCAAGAGAUCUGUAUUAAAGUAGAUCCCAUCCCUGGAGAGUCUCCCAAAAUGUUUGGACGACAUUUCGAAGCUACUGACAUCAUCGUUAGCAAGAUAACCCGACAGUCCAUUGAUGCCUUGAAGGAUUGGUUUAGGGAUGAGAUGACGAAAUCUGACUGGCAGCUUAUUAUGGAGCUGAAGAAGACUUUUGAAAUUAUCUAAUGCUGGAGCGAAACCCCCAUUCAUCCCGACAGACUACUGAGAAGCAGAAUAUGUAGGGGUUAAAAGCAUGUCGUUUAAGGAAAAGAAAUGUUUUCUGUGAGAAACCAAACUAUUUCCACUGUUUUGGCAGUGAUCUGUUUUACAACACACACACAAUUCCAACGUGCCUGUUUAUUAUUUUUUUCCCCUAACAAAUGGCUGCUGUUUUAAGGUUCCCUCCCAUUACGUGGACUGCUGUUUCGGGAGGUGGAGUCAAAACUGUUAAUUUUAGAUGUAUAAAAUGAAAACUUCAGUGUUUUUUGAAUUAUGAAGUUUCUGUAUGCACAAUGCUCCUUCUGGGGGCGGGGGGGGGGGGCUACCAUCAGAUUUAUUUUUUCCAACCACUCCACCCUAUAUCUUUUUAAAGUGGACUAAUUAGGUAAGAAGGCAUUCCCACUUGGUUUUGAAAUUUACAAAAAAAUAUCUGUUUCAAGAUGCACACUUCAGCAGCCUUUUAUCUCUUGUACAGUUGUUGGUUAAAAGAACCAGACUGUAAUUAUUAAAAUCGAAAAAUAAAUAAAGAACAAAA